GCAAAGCUUCCCUGUUCUGGCCAAUAUUAGGAGACACUGCCUCUCAGGUGUGAACAGACGAUGGCACCAAACAGUGGGCGUGGGGCUGGGAGUGGCCUUGUGUGCAGUCCCAGUCGUGGAGAAACAGAACUCGGUUUCUCUCAGUAAUGAUGCCUUGAUUAAAAGAGCAGUUUCCUUGGUAACAGACAGUACUUCUACACUCCUCUCUCAAACAACAUACGCAUUGAUUGAAGCAUUGACAGAGUAUACAAAGGCAGUUUAUACACUGGUGUCUCUCUACAAGCAAUAUGCAAAUCUUCUUGGGAAAAUGAAUUCAGAAGAGGUGGAUGCGGUCUGGCAGGUGGUAAUAGGAGCCAGAGUUGAUGUAAGCAAUUGUCUCGCUUCAGAAUACCUAAGGCUGGAAUCCAGUUGGAUGACAGCGUUACGUCUUUCAGAGAUGGCAGCAGAAGCUGCAUAUCAAUCAGGUGCAGACCAAGCCUCAGUGACAGCCCGCAGCCACAUUCAGCUAGUGAAAUCACAGGUGCAAGAAGUGCGACAGCUGUCCCAGAAAGCAGAGACCAAGUUAGCUGAAGCUCAGACAGAAGAGCUCAUAAAAGCUCAAGGAGAGGAAUCUUCAUUGCCACAGGCUAUUUUAGGAAGUACGGAAGCAGGCGAGGACCCUUACCUUCGGGAGGACUGA